AUGGAGCCUUCAGCUGAGAAUAUGCUCUGAGCUGUCUCUCUCUUUUCUCCAGGAUGAAAGGGGAGACCCCUGUGAACAGCACAAUGAGUAUUGGGCAAGCCCGCAAGAUGGUGGAACAGCUUAAGAUCGAAGCCAGCUUGUGCAGGAUAAAGGUGUCCAAGGCAGCAGCAGAUCUGAUGACUUACUGUGAUGCCCACGCCUGUGAGGAUCCCCUCAUCACCCCUGUGCCCACUUCGGAAAAUCCCUUCCGGGAGAAGAAGUUCUUCUGUGCCCUCCUCUGAGAGGCCCUGUCACUCCUCACAACUCCUCACCGUUCCCUCUCCUGGGCCCUUCUUUAGGUCUGUAACUGACAUGAGCCCUUGAGGGUUCCCCAACCCCAUUCCUAACCCUUGCCCAACCUGUGAGGUUAUCUGAAGCACAAAGCCCUCCCUCCCCUAUCUGUCGACCCCAUUUCUCGCCCACUGUGGCCAACCCCCGGCGCCGUGUGACUUGGAGCACCCUUUGCUCCACCCACACAAGGGCCCUGGCAGACUGUGCUAACGUCCUGCCCGCUUCCCUCUGUGACCCGCUCUGACAAUGGAGAGAGGGGUGGGCUGGGUGCUUGCUGUCAAUCUCACCUGGAGCUAUGGAAAGGGUAAAGCCAUUUGAAGAAUAAAGUUAUCCAGAGCC